GUUGGUCUUUCCUUUUACAGCUUGUAUGAAUGUGCUUUAACUUAGACUAAUUGUCUUUUUUCAAAAUGUAAUUCUAUGGGGCCAACACUUCACUCAUAUUCCGCAGCUAAUCAUCCUACAUAAUUGCACGACUUUAUUGAGUAGUCAUUUCCUCCUCAAGCAACGUGCCUAUUUGAAUCUAUAUUACAUCUACGUCUUUGUUUCUCGAAUACCUUUACAUUCAAUAGGAAAAUUCGUGAGGCUCUCAUCUGUCUCACAGAAACCAAAUAGCUCCCCAACCCGCAUGUUCUCAUCUCUCCGCCUCAUACAAACAAAUCAAUUUUUUUGCGAUAGGAAGAAGCACUCUGCAUCUUCACCAAUUCCAUUUGUGGCAGUGGUGCCACCCAAUUCUCCAAGCGACGCUUCUGAAUUCAGUCUUGGUGCCACUUCUCGUGGGCCAUCUUCGUCAUUCAGUGACAUGCUCACCAGCUCCAUCUACGGCGAAGAGUAUGCCACCCCACCCUCCAAGCGAUGCCAGAGAUGGAGGGACAGUGAGGUAUUGUUCGUAUUUUUAUUAAGAUGGCAUCUCGGAAGAAGAAAAUAAAAAAUUGAAUGCAUGUGAUGAAAAUUGAGGCACAUGUGUGCGUGAAUCAUGAUGAGAUCUAGGAUGAAGGGGGCGAACAAAGAAACCAUUGUUGCUAUGGUUGACGCUGAGAUGCAAAACAAGGAGGGCCGCAAAACCAAUGAUGAGCAAACUUAUGAACCUUGAUCUAUGUUUGAGGGAGACAAAAACAACCGGAGACAAGGCAAACAAAUGCUACCAGAUUCAACGAGCAACAGCGGCAUACCCAAUUGUACAACUCGACGCUCAGAUAGCUAGAUGGCUCACAACAUUUACUUUUGUUUGGUUCUGUCAUGGUAAAUGUCAUUGACGGUAAUUUGAAAAAAUGGGACAAAUUUAAGACUGCGAUACCGAUCAGAGGGGGUGUGAUCGGUUGGAGUGACACUCCCUUAUGAGUUACGACGGAGAGUCUACAGUUCAACAGUCACACGAUGAGACUAGAGUAACUGAGAUGGCAGGUCUGCGACAGCUACCAGACGAGGAUGGCCUCACCUGCGAGUCUGCGACGAAGGGUAUUCAUCACCGACGAGACGAAGAUGGGACCUUUUGUGACCGAAUGACAUCCGCCUCCCCUGCGAAAGUCGAUCUUCAGCGAUGGUGGAUUGGUGGAGGAAGCUUUGUGUGCCCUAGCCUGUUGGCUGUUGCGAUCAAAAAGGGAUCUAUCAUUUGAUGAGUUAGACUUUCACAGUAACUUUUUGAAAGUAGAAAGAACAGUAAACAUUGUGCAUUUGUGCGUGUUAUUUAAUUUCAACUCAGUAACACUUCGU